AGUUGGAGCACAGGCAGACAGGCACAGGAAAAUGUUGGAUAAUAUAAAUAAAGAAAUGUUCUGAAUCAAAAGAAAUAAUAGGUACUUGGGGUGUAUUUUAUCAUCUCUUAUAAAAAAAUGGCAAUUAUUAGUCAUGCCAAUGUCAGUCAAGUCAAAAGAAAGCUGUCAUCUGCAGCAGGGGAUAUUUUUAUACCAGUAGAGAUAGAAGAGGGCGAUAUCUAUGCGGGAAUUUUCAAAGUUCUUGAAAAAAUUAGACCGGAUUGGCCUUCAGAAAGUAUAACAUUUAAGCUUUUUACUGACGGUAUCACAAAUAAACUUGUCGCUUGUCACUUAAGCAAAGAUAUUAGUGAAAGUGAUGAUAUUGUACUUGUUCGCAUUUAUGGAAAUAAAACUGACUUGCUCAUAGAUAGAACUGCAGAAAUAAGAAAUAUCACAACACUGAAUGUACUUGGUUUGGCACCAAAAAUAUAUGGUGUGUUUAAAAAUGGUCUUGUAUAUGAAUAUUUCCCUGGGGUGACUCUCAAUACUGACACAGUGGCUGAAACUAAAAUUGCUACAAUGGUGGCACAGCAGAUGGCAAAAAUGCAUAAAGUACAACUUGGAAAAGAAAUUACAAAAGAACCUAUGAUAUGGGAUAAAAUUGAACAAUUUCUUUGUUUGAUCCCUGAAACAUUUGCAAAAGAAGAGAAACAAAUAAGAUUUGCAAAUAGUUUUGGAUCAGUAACAAGACUAAGGAUAGAAUUCGAACGGCUUAAGUGGCACUUAAUGAAAACUGAGAGCCCGCUUGUGUUUGCUCACAAUGAUUUGCUUCUAGGAAACGUGAUCUACAAUGAGUCCAAACGGACGGUAUCCUUCAUUGACUAUGAAUAUGCCGCCUAUAACUACCAGGCUUAUGACAUAGCAAAUCACUUCAAUGAAUAUGUUGGUUUGUCUAUAGACGACAUAGAUUAUAAUCGAUAUCCCGACAGAGAGUACCAAAUGUUUUGGAUUCGCACGUACUUGUCGGAGUAUUGCGAUGUAGAGAAGCCCAGUGAGGAGGAGGUGGAGAAAGUGUACAAGGAGGUGCAGCGACUGUCGCUCGCCUCGCACUUCAUGUGGGGCAUCUGGUCGCUAGUACAAUAUGAGCUCUCAGAUAUUGACUUUGAUUUCGGAAGGUACGCAGAGAUACGGCUGAACAGAUACUUUGACCAAAAGGAUAAAAUUUUAAGAGAGUUUAUAUAAAGAAAUUACAAGAAAUGUUUAUUUCGUUCUACGGUAUAUCUGACUGUAUAUAUAUACCAAUCUUGAGUACAUUUAAGUUGUUGUACAUGAUAUUAUAAUAUAU